AUGGAACGGGCGGGGAUGGAGCCGGCUGGGACGGAGCCAGCCCGGGAGGCGGAGGAGCCCCCGGGGUCCCCGGCCCUGCCCGCCGAGCCCCGGCAGGCCGGGCCGCCCGGCGCGGCGGCCCCGGGGAAAGGGGCGCUGCCCGGCGCGGGCGGGCGGCAGCGGGAGCGGGGCCGGCGCGGGACCGGCGCGGGGCAGGGCCCGGGCGGGCGGGCGGCGUGGGGCAGGGCUCGGCGGGCCCCGGGCCGGCGCGGCGGGGACGAGGGCGGCCGGCGGCCCGGGGUCACGGUGGACAGCUCCAAGGCCAAGACCUCGCUGGAGGCGCUGAAGAUCAGCCUGAGGCAGCUCCGCUGGAAGGAGUUUCCUUUUGGCCGCCGCUUGCCCUGCGAUAUCUACUGGCAUGGGGUGUCGUUUCAUGACAAUAAUAUCUUCUCAGGUCAAGUCAACAAGUUUCCAGGCAUGAUGGAGACGGUACGGAAAAUUACCCUGAGCCGGGCCAUGAGAACAAUGCAGGACCUGUUUCCUCUGGAGUAUAACUUCUAUCCUCGCUCCUGGAUCCUGCCAGAAGAGCUUCCCCUCUUUGUGGCUGAGGUUCGUGUGAUGAAGGACAGCGAUCCGUCCUGGAAGCCCACUUUUAUUGUGAAACCCGAUGGAGGCUGCCAGGGGGAUGGAAUCUACCUCAUUAAGGACCCCAGUGACAUCAGGCUGACGGGGAGCAUCCAGAGCCGGCCAGCUGUGGUCCAGGAAUACAUCUGCAAACCACUGCUCGUGGACAAACUGAAGUUUGAUAUUCGUCUUUAUGUCCUGCUGAAAUCCUUAGAACCCUUAGAGAUUUAUAUAGCCAAAGAUGGACUUUCUAGGUUUUGUACAGAGCCCUAUCAAGAACCCACCUUAAAAAAUUUGCACCAGGUUUUUAUGCACUUAACCAACUACUCACUAAAUAUCCAUAGUGAGAAUUUCAUCCAUUCUGACAGUGUAAACACUGGCAGCAAGAGGACUUUUUCAAGCAUUCUGUGCAGACUGUCUUCCAGAGGAGCUGAUGUCAAAAAGCUCUGGUCAGAUAUAAUUUCACUGGUGAUUAAAACAAUUAUUGCACUGACUCCAGAACUGAAAGUUUACUAUCAGUCUGACAUCCCAUCAGGAAAGCCCGGGCCAACUUGCUUCCAGAUUUUAGGGUUUGACAUUCUCCUGAUGAAAAACUUGAAGCCCAUGUUACUAGAAGUAAAUGCAAACCCCAGCAUGAGAAUAGAACAUGAGCAAGAGCUUUCUCCUGGAGUCUUUGAGAAUGUCCCCAGCCCUGUGGAUGAAGAAGUGAAAGUCGCUGUCAUCAGGGACACUCUGCGCCUGGUGGACCCCCAGAAAAAAAAGAGGAAAGAUGCCCAGUGUCCACGCCUGGAGCUCGCGGCGGAGUCGAGCGAGUCGCUGCUGGACGCGCUGCCGGCCGAGCGGCCCGAGCCGGACGCUCCCCGGAGCCCCGAGGCCGGGCUGCCCUCCCUCUGCCUCAAGCAGGUGUUCCCCAAGUACGCCAAGCAGUUCAACUACCUGCGGCUCGUGGACAGGGUGGCCGCGCUCUUCAUCCGCUUCCUCGGCGUCAAAGGCACGACCAAGCUGGGCCCGACGGGUUUCCGCACCUUUGUAAGAAACUGCAAACUGAGUAACAGCAGUUUUUCAAUGGCUGCUGUAGAUAUUCUGUACAUUGAUAUCACAAGGAGGUGGAACAGCAUGGGAAUUGACCACAAAGAAUCAGGUAACACAGGAAUGUGCCUGCAAGCCUUUGUGGAAGCUUUCUUCUGCCUGGCCCAGAGGAAGUACAAGUCCCUCCCUCUGCACGAGCAGGUGCUGUCGCUGAUCGAGUUCUGUGAGUGUCACUUGGCUGCCCUGGACGAGAGGCGCCUGCUGUGGGGCUGGGGGGUCCCGGAGCGCCGGGGGGUUGCUGGGGGGCCCUGCCAGGCCGAGGGGCUGCCCCUCAGCCCAGCUGCCCCCGCCCUGCUGCCCCGCGCGGCCACGGCCACCAAGCUGGCCGAGUACAGAAACCAGCGCAACUAGGGGGGCUUCAAUCCCAGAUGUGUCCCUGAACUGCUGGGGGACACACAGGCACUGAAUUCCUUCACCUGAGCGUCACAGCUGUUUGUUUCAGCUGGUUUUUUUUUAUUUAUGGUCUUC